AUGUCCUCGUCGGAUCGGGCCUUCAUCACCCUUUUGUCCGACGUCGCUUUAUCAUUCGACGGAGCCAUCCUCGGAGUAACCCUAGCUUUUGGCGCUGUUCGUGCUGUUAUCAAGUAUGCAUCUACCUCCGCCGCGUUGAAUAAGAUCAAAGACGCACCCGAAGUCUCCGUUUCCGACCUCCGAUCACUGAUUCCGGCGUCUGAAGACCAAUCCGGGACUCGAGAUCACGGGAAUCAGCGCAUCGUCCUGGUUCGCGGGACCGUCAAACCCAAAUUCACCGGUGAUGGAAGUAAUAAGAACAACGUGCUCAUCUCUCCGGAGACUGGAGAUAAAGCUCUUAUUAUUCAGAGAACUCAAACUUACACGUACAGUGGAUGGAAGACUCUGUUUCAGUUGUCAAAUGGUCACCGGUUUCUUUUGGAACGAUCUAUGCCUAAACAAGGAGCUGAUUUUAUGAGAAUGGUCCCCUUUGUUAUUGCUGAAAAGAAUCAACGAUCGCAGUCUAGUUUCGUAGUUGUUAACAUGGAUGGCGCAAGGCAGCCUCUUCCACUUACCACUGUGUAUAAUCGCUUGCAGCCUCUUAAUUCAUCUCCCUUUGCGUUUCUUCAAGUCUUGUUUUUCCCUGAGUAUCCUGUUGCUCUGCUUGAUGUGGAGAAGAUUCUACCACCUGAGAGAGAUUUAACAGCUGUUGGCAUCUGUAGUUUCCACAAUGGAGUUCCUGAAAUCAAGUCGUGCCAAGAUCUUCCCUAUUUCUUAUCAGAGAUGACUAAGGACAGGAUGAUAAAGGACCUUAUGGACCAAACCAGGGUACUACUCUGGAGCGGUGUUAUCAUGGGCUGUUUGUCUGCUGGCAUCCUUGGCUUUGCUGCUGUCAGGUACACGAGUUGUGAGACAGAGGGCCUGGAAUAA